AUGGUCGUCCACAGUAGCGGUCGCAAGGCCGAGACGGGUGCUGCCGACCCCAUCAUCACCCGCAUCUCCGAGGAAGACAAGGUCGCCUGGUACAAGAAGCCGAACCUGCGAUACCUCUACCUCAUGCUCUUCCCAACGUGCAUGGGCAUCGAGCUGACGUCCGGCUUCGACUCCCAAAUGAUCAAUGCUCUCCAGAUGGUCAGCGCAUGGAAAGACUACUUCGGCUAUCCUAGCGGAGCUCUGCAGGGCAUCAUCGCUGCUGCGUACUCGCUCGGCGCGAUCCUCUCUCUGCCCUUCAUUCCAUAUGUCAACGAUAGGUGGGGCCGCCGAUGGUCCAUCUUUGGUGGCAGCACCAUCAUGAUCUUGGGUGCCCUGCUCCAAGGAUUCUCGACGCACGUUGGCAUGUACAUCGUCGCCCGCCUCAUCCUCGGAUUUGGUAUUCCGACUUGUAUCGUGUCCGGCUCGUCGCUCAUUGGCGAGCUCAGCUAUCCCAAGGAACGACCGGUUCUGACGUCGCUGUUCAAUGUUGCCUACUUUGUUGGCCAGAUCAUGGCUGCUGGUAUUACCUUUGGCACAAACACCAUAAGCAAUGACUAUGCCUGGAGGAUCCCUUCGUGGCUGCAAAUCUGCCCGUCUCUCCUGCAGAUCACCUUUGUUUUCUUCCUCCCCGAGAGCCCCCGCUGGCUGAUCGUCAACGACCGCAUUGAAGAGGCCAGAGAGGUGUUCAUCACGUACCACGCCGAGGGCGAUCGCGACUCGGACUUUGUCAAGGCAGAAAUGGCACAGAUUCAAACAACCAUUCGGAUCGAGCUGGACGCUGCCAAGAUGAGCUGGAUGGAUAUCCUCGCCACGGCCGGCAACAGGCGUCGAGCUCUCGUGACCAUGUUCCUCGGACUCUUCACUCAAUGGUCGGGCAACACGCUCAUCUCCUACUAUCUCGGCACUAUCCUCGAGAAGAUUGGCUGGACGAACACGCAGGACAUGCAGAAAGUCAACCUCGGCAUCGCAGGCUGGAGUCUCAUCUGCGGCACCACCGUGGCUCUGCUCGUCCGUCGCUUCCGGCGUCGCGUCAUGUACAUGACCUGCGUCCUCGCUCUCCUCUGCGUCUACAUCGCCUGGACCGUCUCCAUGGAGCGCGCGAUGCACGCCAACGAGAACAACUACACCAACAACGCCGCCUCGACAGCGACCCUCUUCUGGAUCUUCGCCUACUCGCCCGCCUACAACAUUGGCUACAACGCCCUGACCUACACCUACCUCGUCGAGCUGUGGCCCUACGCGCUGCGCUCGCGCGGCAUCGCCUUCUUCCAGCUCUUCGGCCGCCUCGCCGGCUUCUUCACGACCUUUGUCAACCCCAUCGGCAUGGACAAUGCCGGCUGGAAGUACCUCAUCUUCUACUGCUGCUGGCUCGCCUUUGAGGUUUGCUUUGUGUGGUUCAUGUUCCCCGAGACGGCGGGCCGGACGCUUGAGGAGCUGGCUUUCUUGUUCGAGGACAAGCAUUUCGCGGAGAACGCAAACAUGGCUGUCGAGAAGGUUGUGCAUGAGGAUGUGCCUGGGGCGCAGAGGCCGCUGGGGGAUGAGAAGGAGGCGGGCGCCGGGGAGGUGGAGGAUGCGGGGAGGAGGGUUUGA